AUGUCAAACAGAUUGCAGACGCUUCUCAAGUGGUUUGAGGACAACAAGAUUGAGUGGGACAAAGAUGCAUUGGAGAUCAAGGAGAGCAAUGGCUCCUUUGGCGUCCAUGCAAAGAAGAGCAUGAAAAAGGACAAGCCAGUUGUUAAGAUUCCCAAAGAGUGUAUUCUUUCCAUCAAAACUACAGGUAUCGCCAAUCUCUUGGAUGAAGCCAAUUUGGAAGGUGGAUGUCCUCUUGCAUUGGCUGUCUUGUAUGAAAUUGCUCAAGGUGAGCAAUCUCCUUGGUACGGCUACCUGCAAGCACUUCCUGAGCAUGGUGAGGAUUUACCCAUCUUUUGGGAGGAGCAAGAAAAGGAUUGGUUUCAUGGCACUGAAAUGGAAUCUGCUGUGCACAAUGAUUUGAUUGAUCUCGAGGACGAUUAUGAAGAACUGAUUGAGCCCCUUUUGGAAGCACACCCCUAUAUCUUUAGCCGUGGCACCAACCUGGAUGACGAUCCUUACUCUUUUGACAAAUUCAUCAAGAUCUCCACAUUGAUCUCAUCCCGUGCAUUCGAGGUGGACGCCUACCAUGAGAAUGCAUUGGUUCCCUUUGCUGAUAUCUUUAAUCACUCUGGCAAAAACGAGCACGUUCAUUUUGAAACCGAAUUUGAUGUGUGUGAUGCAUGUGGACAAUUGGAAUACUGUGAACAUCAAUAUCUCAAUUAUUUGGAAGACAGUGAUGCCAAUGACGAAGAGGGUGACGAGGAUGCUGGUUGGGAGGACGAGGAUGACGAAGGAGAGGCUGACGAGGAUGUUGACGACGCCGAACUCGCAGAACUUGAGGCCAUGGGCAUGGAGACUGAGUUGCCUGAUUUAGAGGAAUUGGAGAAUGCAGGCGUAGAUUUCUACAACGAUGACGACUCUGACGAGGAGGAGGAGGAACAAAAGAAGGACACAUGUGAUAUGGUGCUUGAUCGUGAUGUGCAAAAGGGCGAAGAGGUGUUCAAUACGUAUGGCGACCAUCCCAACAUUGCCUUGUUGAGCAAGUACGGCUUCUGUUACGAUGACAACAAGAAUGACUAUGUGUCCAUCACUGAGGAUUCUCUAAUUGAAUGCUGCCUCGCUAUCACUGGCGAACUCUUGAAAGCUGAAAACCCCAAGGCAUCUGAAAAAGAGAUUGAGAAAUUGGCUAUUGAACGUACCAGACCCCGAUGGGAAUUUUUUUUGAAGAACGAGCCUACUUUGUGUCCUUCUGAAGACGAUGAUGAACAGCCCGAGGGGAGAGAUGAUUUUGAUGAAGACUGUCAAGAUGAUUGUUGUGGCCCUGAUGCUCAUGGUGAUCAUGAAGGACAUGCUCACGGUCAUGCUCAUGGCCAUGAUGAUGAAGAAGAACAUGGAGAGGAAGAGGAACACGAACACGAACACAAACACGAACACGAGCAUGACGAAGAAGGUGGCUGUUGUGGUGAUGAAGAGGACGAAGAAGGAGAACAAUCUCGCCCUUACUUUAUCAACUAUGAAGGUCUCUUUGAAGAUAAACUCAUGUGCUUGCUUCACAUCAUGUUUAUCAGCGAAAAGAAGUUUGCCACCUUUGUUGAAGAUGUCGACAACGCUUUAGCCUAUUUUGAAGAGCUCGCCAAUAGUCAAGGUGCUGAAAAGAAGAAGACUCAGGCUGUUGUUGACCUCAAGCGCAACAUUUAUCAAGUGUGUCGUGCUCUUGCCGAGUUCAGACGUCUCGAGUAUUUUGAAGACGGUGAAUGGAUUCCUGUUGAAAAGGACGAGGAAGAGCGCAAGGCAUGUGCUGGUGAUUUGAGAAAGUAUUACGCCAUGACAUGUCGUAUCAGCGAAAAAAAGAUUCUUGAUAGAUCCGUGCAAUAUUAUAGUGAAUUGGUUGAAGAAUACUCAAAGCCUGUUACUGCAGGCGGUAGUUCCAGCAGCAGUAACAACAAGAAGAAGCCUGCCGCUGCCAGCAAGAAGAAUAAGAAGAUGAAGUUGUAG